CCAAGCCUUUGUACGAUUACUUUAUUAGACCUAGAGAAGAGUUCGACUUCACCGAGCCACCGACUACAUUAAGAAGAUAACUAAGUAUGGAAUCAGUUAUAAAAGCACGCGAACGUUUAGCUAAAUUCCCCUUAAUAUUCGCCAAAUGUUCGAAACAGAGUGCUGUUUACGCACAUUGUGUAUUACUUAAAGAGGAAGUUAAAAAGGACGAUUGUGCUAAAGAGUUUAAAGAAUUCUAUACUUGCUUACAAUCCGCAGCGAAAGAAUUAAAAACGAAAAUUUAAGAUGGACGUUGUAAAU